AUGCAAUUCUUACGUAGCAAUGCUCCUUACAUUACUCUUCCCAUUGCUGCUGUAGUAGGCGUCAUUGGCUACAAUUUAGAAAGUUUAUUAUCAGACAGAUAUACUCCAUACAAUAAACCAGUUCAGGACCAAAGAUUAGAAAGGGAAACUGAGGAUGAAUAUUUAAAAGAUCCAACAAAUGUUAAAAAGCUAAAAUAUCAGGAAAAUGUAUUUGGGAAAAAUGUAGCACCAUCAUUACAGAAACAA